ACAGAGCCGCCGAAGUUCACGGUGAAACCGGAGAACGUGACACGAGCCGUGUUGGGCCAGAAGUUGAUGCUAAACUGCCAGGCUCACGGAGAUCCCGAGCCCACUAUCCAGUGGGACAAGGACGGAUACUUGAACGGAUACGACCACAGACGGAUCCGAUUGCUGGGGAACGGAAGCCUCUGGUUCGAGGAGGUGGUGCAGGAGGAUCAGGGGCUCUAUGGGUGCACGGCCGGGAAUUCGGGAGGAUUCAACAGGGUCGACACGCAGCUUCUUGUUACGAAUGCAGACGGUGAAGUACUGGAAGGAUUCGGCAAAGAGGGCACAGGUUCCCCAGACCCAGAGGAGAUGGGUGGCUCUGGAAUGAUGACCAAGACGGUGAGCAUCACCCUGGGUGCUGCUGGCGCCUACAUUCUCCUGGUCCUGGGUCUCAUGGUCUGGUGCCGCUGUCGUCGCAUCAAACGGAAGCAGGCGUAUCUUCAGGUGGCCCAGCACGGCCAGCCUCCUCCACCCCUACCUCCCCUGCGACCUGCAAAGUCUGAGAACGGGGACAUUCAUGCAUAUUCUACCAUUGGACACGAGAUGAAAGGCCUCACCCUCUCCAAAGAGGCAGGGAAAAGCGAUGGGGAUACGGCCUAUUCUCAGUCUUCGUCCCAUUCCCAGUCCCACGCCCCACCCCCAUCCGGGACCAGCGGGCUGAAGACCUCGUCUGCAUCUGUGUCUCACGCCUCCACACAGUCGUCCUCUUCGCUUCACCUCAGUCGACAGGAUCUGCAAACCCUCAUGCCACUUGGUAAGGGCGAGUUUGGAGAUGUGUUCCUGGCCAAGGUGAUGCACGGAGGAGAGAAGAUCGAUGGGGGUGGAGGACUGGUGAUGGUGAAGGCCCUGCAGAACCGAGACGAGAACGCCGUGCUGGAGUUCCGCCAUCAGGCCGAGCUGUACGGGAGGCUGCAGCAUCCCCACAUGGCCCGUCUCCUUGCCCUCUGUCGUGAUGCUUUUCCGCACCUCAUGGUCAUGGAGUACAGUGACUGGGGAGACCUAAAGCAAUUUCUUCUGGCGACACGCAAGGACCGGGUGGCACGUCCCGAUGCCCCGAAGCCACCCCCACUAACAAUCGCCCAGGCCAUUCGGAUGGCCCAGCAGAUCAGCUGUGCCAUGGAACACAUGGCCAACCACCGCUUUGUCCAUAAGGACAUUGCCACCCGCAACUGCCUCAUCUCAUCCACGCUGGACAUCAAGAUUUCCAAUCCUUCCCUGUGUCGAGACACCUACUGCGCCGAAUACUGUCAGCUGCAUAACCAGCUGAUUCCGCUGCGUUGGAUGCCGCACGAGGCCGUCUUCGAAGACGAACACUCGACCAAGUCGGACGUGUGGGCCUGGGCGUGCUGCGUGUGGGAGAUAUUCCACCAGGGAGAACUGCCCUACCACGAGUACUCGGACGAUGCGGUGCUGCACCUCCUCAGAAAACAGGAACUGUGCCUGAGGGCACCACACCUGGCACCGGAACCCCUGGGGACGCUGUUGGAGACCUGCUGGUCCGCAUCCCCACGGGACCGACCCAGCUUCGGCCAGAUCGUCUCCCAACUCCAUGCCCUGUGCCUCGAAUCCGGGCUCUAGUGGUUUUUUGACAUUGUGAUACUUCUUUUUAAGUUUUUUUUAAUACACAAUUAUUUAUUGCUUCGCCGUUCGGACACACGACCCGAUGCAGUUUGCCUCCGAGUCGAGACGCAUCCCUCCGGGGAGACUGCCCUCGGGCGAACCCGAGGAAGUCUGCAACCAUGUCAAUUCAGUUCAGAGGCCCUUUGUUGCGUCUUGUACUGUUUUUUUGGCACGUGAUGUCUGCAGGGAAUCGAAAUCUGGGUCCCCCCCCCCCUUGCCAAUCCCCCUCCGUCCCCCCCCGCCCCCGCGGG